UUUUGAUGUUUAAAGCAUCUUACUUCAAUGUUGUUUUAUUUUAUUUUAUUUUUUUGUAUCAUCGAAAUAUACAAUCGUCUUGGAUUCUUGUCGAUAAACGUUUGACAGACAUCUAUCCCGCUAGCUGGCAGCAGUUUCUUGUACAUAACACGCAUAACAUUAUAAUACAUACAAUAUCCGAUGAAUCUCAUAGUCUAUCAGUUGACACAGCUGGUACAGCGUUAAUAACUGAUUGAAUCUGCAAGUCAGUAGCUGAUUGAUCUUGCAUCUGCCUUCCGUAGCGUCUAAUGAAGCAUCAUGUGGUGCCGUAACAUCUUGAGGACACGUACUAUUCGCAAUAAACCGGUUAUUUUCGCCUGCCUACAACGUUUGACGAAUAACAAUUUCGAUGGUGUCACGUUGAAAUAUCCAGCGCGACGCUUGUUUGUUUCGGACGCACGUGGAUGUACGAUCGGCGACGUUAUCGAUCAGUGGAGUCGCCGAUUUGAGAGCGAAGGCGUACCGGAGCCAGUGGAGUCCAUAGAGCACAUAGUGGCGCACGUAAUAGGAAUCAAAAAGAUAAUAGAUAUCUUGAACGUCAGAAAUGAUCCUCUCAACGCUAGUCAGCUCGAGAAAUUGGAGUCGUUAUGCGAAUGUCGAUUGUCUAGGAUGCCAGUUCAGUACAUUAUCGGCGAAUGGGAUUUCCGGGACAUUACCGUGAAGCUUGUGCCGCCGAUUUUUAUUCCACGCCCGGAGACUGAAAUACUCGUAGAUUUUGUAUUGAAAAGACUAAGUUCGUCGCAAGCCGACAGUUGCAAAAUCCUGGAAAUCGGCUGCGGCUCGGGCGCGAUGUCACUGGCUCUCGCUCACGCUUGUAAAAGGAUAAAAUGCACAGCGAUCGAUGCGAGUCCACACGCUUGCGACUUGACGAUGAUAAAUCGGAGCAACCUGGACUUAACGGAGCAAGUCACAGUAAUACACGCGAAUCUAAAAUCGGAUGCGAAUAUUGAAGUUUUGAGUAAUUUGAAUGGUGCCGAUAAUGAGGAUUUGAAUUCGAGACUGUUCGACUUUGUGAUCAGUAAUCCGCCGUACGUGCCGACGAAGAAAAUACCGGAGCUACAGCCUGAGAUAAGAAUUUAUGAGGAUCUCAGGGCGCUGGAUGGCGGUGACGAUGGAUUGAAGGUGAUUAAGCCGCUCUUGAAAUACGCUGCCAAAGCACUAAAACCUGGCGGACGUCUCUUCGUGGAGGUUGAUCCCACUCAUCCGGAAUAUGUUCAAUUUUUUACAAAUAAGUAUCCCGAUUUGAAGCUCUAUCAUGAACACACGUACAAAGAUUUUUGUAAUAAUGAUCGUUUUGUGGAAGUGAUGAAAGUCGCUUGAAGAAGCAAUUCUUGACGCUACAUCACUUUUUGUAUAUACGAGUAUUUUACAAAAUAGUCUUUUAAUCUUAAUAAAAACAACACAUACAGGUUAUAUAUGUAUAUAUAUUAUACUAUAAGUUUAUUGCAUACUUUGAGUUACAGAUUGUAUAUCCCUAUGUUGGACGGAUCAGUCAGGAGGUUGAUUUUAAUAUUUUAAUAAUUUAAUCAGUCAAACCUUUCUGUCCAUGAUUGUAUUGUUAAGUUCGCAAAUGCAUUCUAUGUUGAAUGAUAUAUACAGCGACUGAUUAAUAAGUUAAAUUCGGUGGCUCAAUUUUGAUUUAUAACAGCAAAACUUCGGCAUGAUUUAUUUUUCGCCUCUUACUAUAAUGUGUUUAUGCUUUCACGUAAAUAUGAUACGCGUAAAAUGUUUCUACUACAUUAUAAUCUAUGUAAUCGAAAACUUCGACGUCGAGUUAUAAAAUUUUG